CAAAUAUAUGUUCAGAAGGUUUUUAAAAUGACUGUGCUUUCUUUCCGGCGCAGGUGUCGUUUUUCUUAUUCAUCAUUUUCGUGGUCUACACCAUGCUGCCCUUCAGCAUGCAGGAUGCGGUGAUUGCCGGGGUGCUAACUUCUGUGUCACACACGGUGGUGCUCAGCGUCUGCUUGUCAUCCACAGAUGUCAUCAAGGAGCAGUUGGUUUGGCAGAUCCUGGCAAAUGGGAUCAUCUUCAUCUGUGGGAACCUCGCCGGGGCUUACCACAAGCAGCUCAUGGAACUUGCCCUGCAACAGACCUACCAAGACACCUGCAGUUGCAUCAAAUCCCGCAUCAAGUUGGAGUUUGAGAAACGCCAGCAGGAGCGGCUUCUGCUUUCUUUGCUUCCAGCUCACAUAGCCAUGGAGAUGAAAGCUGAGAUCAUUCAGCGGUUACAGGGACCGAAAGCAGGCCAGCUGGAAAAUACAAACAAUUUCCAUAAUUUAUAUGUCAAAAGGCACACCAAUGUAAGCAUUUUGUAUGCGGAUAUUGUGGGAUUCACACGCUUGGCUAGUGACUGCUCCCCCGGCGAGCUGGUGCAUAUGCUGAAUGAACUCUUUGGCAAGUUCGACCAGAUUGCAAAAGAAAACGAAUGCAUGAGAAUCAAAAUCUUGGGAGACUGCUAUUACUGUGUGUCCGGCCUCCCUUUGUCUCUUCAAAAUCAUGCCAAGAAUUGUGUGAAAAUGGGACUGGACAUGUGUGAAGCCAUAAAGAAAGUCAGAGAUGCAACUGGGGUUGAUAUUAAUAUGCGAGUAGGAGUGCAUUCUGGGAAUGUCCUCUGCGGAGUGAUUGGACUGCAGAAAUGGCAGUAUGACGUGUGGUCACAUGAUGUUACACUGGCCAAUCACAUGGAAGCCGGAGGAGUCCCGGGCCGUGUUCACAUUACUUCAGUCACUUUGGCACACCUGAAUGGUGCUUACAAAGUGGAAGAUGGCGAUGGAGAUGCAAGGGACCCGUAUCUCAAGGAACAUCAUGUGAAAACCUACUUUAUCAUCAAUCCAAAAGAGGAGAAACGAAGCCCGCAGCAUCAUUUCCGACCCAGGAACACAUUAGAUGGUGCCAAAAUGAGAGCGUCGGUCCGUAUGACCAGGUACUUGGAGUCUUGGGGAGCGGCCAAGCCCUUCGCUCACUUGCACCACCGGGACAGCAUGAUUACCGAAAACGGCAAGAUCAGCACCCUGGACAUGCCUAUGGGUCAGUAUAACUUCCAGCGAUGUAGAGAAAGAACGAAGUCUCAGAAGAAGAAGUUCGAAGAGGAACUGAAUGAGAGGAUGAUUCGAGCGAUUGACGGAAUAAACGCUCAAAAGCAAUGGCUUAAGUCUGAGGAUAUUCAAAGGAUAUCGUUACUUUUCUACAACACCGCACUAGAAAAGCAAUACAGAGCAACAACACUGCCUGCGUUCAAGUACUACGUGACGUGCGCUUGCCUCAUAUUCUUCUGCAUUUUUCUUGUGCAGAUCCUAGUACUUCCCAAAAAGUCCAUCCUUGGAAUCUCCUUUGGAGUUGCCUUCCUUGUCCUUUCCUUCAUUCUGUUCAUCUGUUUCGCUGGGCAGCUUUUGCAAUGCAAUAAUAAAGUCUCAACUUCGCUCGUGUGGAUUUUGAAGUCCUCUAGUGUCAUCGCAAACCGCCCGUGGCCACGGAUCAUGCUCACUUUGAUCACAACGUCCAUCAUUUUAACCAUGGCCGUAUUCAAUAUGUUUUUCUUGGACGAUGAUGACGAGGUGAUUGAGUUUCUCCCUAUCCUUAAUUCAUCCAAUGCAAGUUCGCUUGAUUCCAGUGAGCAGACGCUCUGGUAUAUUCAAAGCAACCAUUUCUUCCUGCCAUACUUUAUCUACAGCUGCAUCUUGGGUCUGAUUUCCUGCUCCGUGUUCCUCCGAAUCAGCCAUGAGCUGAAAAUGGCGAUCAUGCUGGUGGCGCUGGUGAUCUACAAUGUCAUUCUUCUGCACAGGCAUGGCUCCAUGCUGGACAACUACAGCAAGUUCCUCUAUGCGAUGGCACCUUUGAAAAGGCCAGGAAUCCUGAAAGAUUUGAAGACAAUGGGCUCAGUGUCUCUCUUCAUCUUCUUCGUCACAUUGCUGGUACUCAGCAGGCAGAAUGAAUAUUACUGUAGGUUAGACUUCCUGUGGAAGAACAAGUUCAAAAAAGAGCGUGAGGAGAUUGAGACCAUGGAGAACCUGAACCGGCUGCUUCUGGAGAACGUGCUGCCUGCUCACGUGGCCGAGCAUUUCUUGGCCAGGAACCUGAAGAACGAGGAUUUAUACCAUCAAUCCUACGACUGCGUCUGUGUCAUGUUCGCCUCCAUUCCAGAUUUCAAAGAAUUUUAUACAGAAUCCGAUGUCAACAAAGAAGGCUUAGAAUGUCUCAGGCUUCUAAAUGAGAUCAUCGCUGACUUUGAUGAUCUGUUGUCUAAGCCCAAAUUCAGUGGCGUUGAGAAGAUCAAGACCAUCGGGAGCACCUACAUGGCAGCCACGGGACUCAGUGCCACGCCCAGCCAAGAACAUGGCCAGGAACCUGAACGACAAUAUAUGCACAUUGGGACCAUGGUGGAGUUUGCGUUUGCCCUUGGAGCAAAACUGGAUGUUAUCAACAAGCAUUCCUUCAACGACUUCAAACUACGAGUAGGUAUUAACCACGGGCCUGUCAUCGCCGGAGUUAUCGGGGCUCAGAAACCGCAGUACGACAUCUGGGGCAACACCGUAAAUGUGGCGAGCAGAAUGGACAGCACUGGAGUCUUAGAUAAAAUCCAGGUCACAGAAGAGACGAGUAACAUCCUACAAACGCUGGGCUACAUUUGCACCUGCCGAGGCAUCAUUAACGUCAAAGGAAAAGGCGACCUCCAGACCUUUUUUGUCCAUACUGAAAUGACAAAGUCCCUUUCACAAGGGAAUGUGGCAUCGUGAAAGUUACUCUCGGGUGGGGCAUUCCCACAUUUUUAGAAAAAAGCAUCACAUUUUUCUUAGCUCUCUUUCGGCCCAUACCAUGAACAUGCGUGUACUUUUCUGGUAUCUAGAGAUGUUGCUGCAGUCAUGUCUACAAUCUAGUUCCACCAUCCAACAUGAAGAGACCUCAGUAGUCUUACUGCUCUGGGGUGGCUGAAGCAUGUGCAGAGGGCUGAGAAGAUGACCGGCGUCUUGGCACCGUCGGCUCUUCAAUAGACAAGCGACAAAACUUGAACUCGGUUCGAGGAACUGAAGGUCUGAGGCUUUCGGCAGAGAACUGCGGAGUUGGACAUUGGCACGGAAACAAAAAUACGUGGGAAGAUCUCACGGCAAUAAAACUAGAGCUGCGUGGAACGUUGUGGAAAGAUGGUAGCUCCCCCGUUAGCAUCCUCGAUUCAUAAUAUCUAAUUCUGUCCCUUCAUCUACCACAACUAGGGCGUGUUAUCAGAUGUUUCUCACAGCCGGCUGGGAUGCUGACCUUUGUGAAGGAUGGAGCUGAGCAGGACCAGUUUUGUACAAAAUGUGUCCAAUGUUUUGAUGCCAUUGUUUUUGUAAGAUUAACUCAUUAAAAGUUUAUAUGUACUUUCUC